AAACAGCGGUAAAGACGUGCUCGCGGUUGUUUGUGAGGAUCCAGGUGCGCGGUGGUUUUACUGGGGACCACGAUGGGGAAGCUGCAGGAGUUUGAGAUCGAGUUCGACAAAAAUAAAGUGGUGUACGCUCCGGGGGAGUCCAUCUCCGGGACCGUGAGGGUCAAAGUGAACCAGUCCGUCCAGUGUAAAGCCAUCAAAGUGAACUGUAACGGCUUCUGUGGCAUUACCACCAAGGAAAAUGACAUCAACUGGACACUGGAGGAGCAGUACUUCAACAGCAGCGUCUCUGUUGCAGACAAAGGAACUCUGAAACAGGGGGAGCAUGCAUUUCCCUUCAAGUUUCUCAUCCCAG